AUGACUCAACCGGCAGGCUUUGUUGAUCCAAAAUUCCCUAAUCAUGUCUGCAAAUUGCAUAAAGCACUCUAUGGGCUUAAGGAAGCACCUAGAGCAUGGUUUGAGAAGCUUAGCACUGCCUUAUUGGAACUUGGUUUUCUUGGUUCGAAGUCUGAUUCUCCUCUCUUUAUUCGGAAGCGCAGUGAUCAUAUUACGUUCAUCCUUGUCUAUGUUAAUGAAUUAAUUGUGACAGGCAGCUCUAGCUCAUUCAUUUUGGAUUUGAUCAGGAAGCUCUCCAAUGCUUUUGCACUCAAAGACUUAGGCAAUCUACAUUACUUCUUGGGGAUAGAAGUGAGCCAUGCCCGUGAUGGUUUGAUCCUGUGUCAGUCCAAAUAUAUUAGAGAUCUUCUUGCUCGAGCCAAAAUGGAGGGAGCCAAGCCCAUUGCAACCCCUAUGCUUGCUGGACAACAACUUUCUCAACAUGGUAACACCACAUUUCAUGAUCAUUCUCUAUAUAGAAGCCUUGUGGGAGCACUUCAAUACAUCACUAUAACUAGACCUGAUGUCUCCUACACUGUAAACAAGUUGUGCCAAUUCAUGCACAAUCCCAUGGAGUCACAUUUUCAAGCUAUGAAAAUACUACUUCGCUAUCUUAAAGGGACUAUUCAUCUUGGCCUUCUCUUACGUCCAUCCUCACAGCUUCAUAUUAAUGGCUUUUCUGAUGCAGAUUGGGCUGGUAGUCCAGAUGAUAGACGCUCCACUCAUGGUUAUUGUAUUUACCUGGGGAAAAAUAUGGUGUCGUGGAGUUCUAAGAAGCAAAAGGUUGUUGCUUGCUCAAGCACAAAAGCUGAGUAUAGAGCCUUAGCUGCUGCUACUGCUGAAACUACAUGGCUCCAACAUCUUCUUCAGGAACUUGGGGUCAUCCUUCCUCAGCUCCAAAGUUAUGGUGUGAUAACAUCUCCGCUACCUACCUUACUGCCAAUCCAAUUUUUCAUGCUCGCACAAAACAUAUUGAACUGGAUUUUCAUUUUAUUCGAGAAAAAGUAG